CGAUCGCCGCGCGCGCUUCGAUCGACCUCCGCGUCGCCGGCGACCGGGCGACGAACGGCGCGCGCGUCACCACAUGGGCGUCCUCGCGAACCUGUUCGGCGGCUCGAAGUCGUCGAAAACGACGCCCAAGGCGCCGCAAACGCCGCACGCGAGUUGCGCGCAAUCGAGCGGUGGCGGCGCGCGCGGCGCGUGCGGAAGCGCGGGGAGCGCGUGCCCGUGGAGGGAUUGCCGGUGCGGAGCGAAUUGUAAGUGCGGAGCGAAUUGUAAGUGCGGGAGCGUGCGACGGUAG